AUGACGUGCGCAUUUCAUUGUCCCACGCUUACGGAAGGAGGAUGCGUAAGAAACACGGGCCGGGACAAGAAAGGGAAUGUAAACAAAUGGGAGGUCGUCAAAGCAUUUGCCACUCUUGGCUACGCCGAAUAUUACAAUUGCCUCGGCCUCAACGCGGACCUCAGCGUUUGCGCUGAGAUGGGCAAAAUCGUUCUGCCUCCCUCCCCCCAACCCCAAGUGAUGACCAUCAACUCGGAAAAAACCAGGAAAGAGCUUGGUGAAGACUCUAAACCUUUUGACAUCACUGCUGGAGACCCAGAGGAGUGCUCCUACACUCCCUGAGAAACAUAUUCAAGAUCUCUACUUCAGCUAUCGGGGCUACAAUGCUCAUAUUAGCACGGCCCAUUACUUGUACUUCUAUCAUUUCCUCAUACAUCAAUUUCCUACCCUUUAAUCAAACGAUGACUUGUAUUUAGCCUAGACACUUUGUCUUUACAUCUGGUAUUGUAACUCAAGGCUUCCUCUAAACAUUACGUUUCUCGUCAAGUUUAUUCGAGCACAAAAAAGA